CCACUGCUGUCACAGCCGACUACGGGGGCUUGGAAGGUCCUGUCCCCUCCGUCCCUUCGGCGUGCGCGUUCCCUCCCUUUUCCCUCUGCUGGUCUCGUCAGCGCUGCCAGCGUGGAGCUGGCUGGCCGGCCGAGAAGGCGGAAGUGUCCGGAGGGGAGGAGUCGUGCCCAAGAACUCGCCGGGCCAUGGAGAGCUCCCUGGAGAAGAUGGUUGACCCUACCUUAGCAGAAAUGGGAAAGAAUCUUAAUGAGGCCAUGAAGAUGCUAGAAGACAAUCAAAGAAAAAUUGAGGAAGAAGAUGAAAAGAAGUAUGUAAGGAAGGAUAUUCCUGGACCACUCCAAGGGAGUGGGCAAGAUAUGGUGAGCAUUCUCCAAUUAGUACAGAACCUCAUUCAUGGAGAGGAGGAAGAUGAGUCAUCACAGUCUUACCGACUUCAGAAUGUUGGAGAACAGGGUCACAUGGCUUUACUGGGACAUAGUCUGGCAGCUUAUAUUUCAGUGCUGAACAGGGAAAGACUGAGAAAUCUUACAACUAGAAUCCUUUCAGAUACCACUCUGUGGCUUUGCAGACUCUUCAGGUAUGAAAAUGGGUCAGCUUAUUACCAUGAAGAUGAUCGUGAAGGUCUCUUAAAAGUCUGUAGGCUUGUUAUUCACUCUUGCUAUGAAGACUACACGGUAGAAGGAUUCAAUGUGUUAUAUAAUAAGCAGCCUGUUAUAUACAUUAGUUCUGCAGCCAGAACAGGCUUGGGCCAAACUCUCUGCAAUCAGCUUGGGUUGCCCCUUUCAUGUAUGUGCCGCGUGCCUUGUAACACCAUGUUUGGAUCCCAACAUCAGAUGGAUGUUGCUUUAUUGGACAGACUGAUUAAAGAAGAUAUUGAAUCUGGAAAGCUGCCACUAUUACUCGUGGCCAAUGCUGGUACACCAGGAGCAGGUCAUACAGACAAACUUGGGCGACUGAAAGAACUUUGUGAGCAGUAUAACAUGUGGCUACAUGUAGAAGGAGUGAAUUUGGCAACUUUGGCUUUAGGUUAUGUCUCCUCUUCAGUACUGGCUGCAACAAAAUGUGACAGCAUGACUCUUACUCUGGGUUCCUGGUUGGGUCUCCCAGCAGUACCAGCAGUGACACUCUACAGACAUGAGGAUCCUUCUUUGUCCUUAGCUGCAGGCCUGACAUCAAGUCAGCCGGUAGAGAAACUCCGUGCCCUGCCCCUGUGGCUAUCCUUGCAGUACCUGGGACAUGAUGGGAUUGUUGAGAGAAUAAAGCAUGCAUCUCAGCUGAGUCAGAGGUUGCUGGAAAAUUUGAAGAACAUGGAUUUCAUUAAAACUUCGGUUGAAGAUGAACUUAGCUCUCCUGUAGUGGUAUUCAAGUUUUCCCUGGAACUUCCAAAUAUAGAUCAGUUGCUACAUGCUGGACUGGCAUCUACAAUUCAACACCCUAUAACCAGCAAUGAGAGACAUAUUUGUGACACCUUCAAUCAGUGGCUAGGUGAACAGUUGGCACAGUUAGUGCCUGCCAGUGGAGUUGAUGUCGUAGAACUAGAAGAUGAAGGCACAUGUGUACGUUUUAACCCAUUAAUGACUUCUGCAGUUUUAGGAACUGAAGUACAAGAUGUAGAUCAGUUGGUGGACUGCUUAAAAAUGAAGAUACCAAUACUGACAUGCACACUGCAGCUAAGAGAAGAAUUUGAGCAAGAAGUGAAAAGAACAGUAGGCUUGUCCUAUAUUGAAGACCUCAGCUGGCCAGGACUGGGUGUUGCAAGGUAUGAGUAUAACAGUGAUGGGAAGAAGGAUGACAAACAAGAGAAAGAAGCAGAGCAAAUUAACACUGGACUUCUGAAAAAAUUAAAUGAACUGGAAUCGGAUCUCUCUUUUUCUUUGGGCCCAGAAUUUGGAGGGGAGAAGAACUGUGUGUAUAUCGGCAUGGUAACUGAAGAUCUGGAUGUGUCUGAGCUGGUUGAAACUAUUGCAGCAACAGGCAGAGAAAUUGAAGAAAAUUCUAGACUGCUGGAAAACAUGACUGAAGUAGUUAGAAGGGGGAUACAGGAAGCGCAGGUUCAGCUUCAGAAAGCAAAUGAAGAAAGACUUCUUGAAGAGGGCCUGCUACGACAGAUUCCUGUAGUUGGCUCUGUGCUGAACUGGUUUUCUCCAUUUCAAGCAUCACCAAAGGGAAGAACAUUUGAUUUAACAGCAGGCUCUCUAGAGUCUACAGAACCCACAUAUGUAUCAAAAGCACAGGGGACUGGGACCACUCCACCCCCCACUCCGACUCCCAGUCGCAUUAAACAAAGGCUUCCAGGUCAAAAGCUUUUUAAAAGAUCUUUAAGAAGCUCUGAUGGAUUUAGUGAGACCAGUUCAGUUAGUCACACUGAUGACUUGGAAAAGAUUGAGCAACGGUCCCCUUCUGUGUCUACUGUACAAGAGCAAGGGACUGUGGAGACAGAGAAAGCAGAGCAGCAGAAUGAGAUAGCACAGGUAACAAAUGACAAAACUGAAGACCUGCAAAGUGACAAAUCACAAAAAUCGGGAAAUGACUCCACUAAAGUAGUGGAACAAGAAAGUCUAAGAUAAAAUCCAGAUUUUGUGAAUUAAGACUUUGUAUAAUAACCACAUUCCCUGUAGGGCAGGGAAGUUUAUGAUUUAUUCAAUAUGUGAACAGUGCCACACGUUAGUACAGUAACUACUACUGUAAUUUACAAUUAACAGGGAUUUUGCACAAAAGCAAGUUAAAAACAAAGCGUUUUCCCCUAUGGGCCAGUUAACUUGUUUUAUUGUACACUUAUUACAAUUGUUUUAAUCCUAUAUACAUUAUCAUCUCCAAAGUGAUAUUAAGAUACCUGAUUUAUUUUAUACACAUUUGCCUGAAGGAGUAUUUUUUGGCAAAAGAGUGACAGUUAUUGUAUGAAUCCAGGUGGCAUUAUAAUGCUUAAUGAGUUGAUCAUACAUUUGAGUUAAGGUUAAACAUGCACCUGGUGAUGAUAUUUGUAAAGUGGUCCUAACUUAAAAAUAUUCAAUAAACCUACCAGUUGCUCACUUUUAUAUUUUAAAUCAGUUUAAUCUU